AUCGGACUAAUCGGAGAGGAACGAGGCUAACCGUGAGCCGUGAGCCGUGGUGAGCGAGUGGUGAGCGAGCAAAAGAGGUAGGAUUGUCAAAGUUGCGCUUUGGUACCUGCAGUUAUAAGCCAAUUGCCGAACACGAAUUAUUCUCCGUGUACACGCGGUUAAAAGCUUCAAGAAGGCAAAAACGCGAAUUUUGUCAGAGUUACAACAUGUUUCGCGGUUCGACGAAUUUUGAUAAAUUGUUAGAUAAAGCGACAAGUCAUCUGCAGCUAGAGCCAGACUGGCCUGCAAUUAUGCAAAUCUGUGAUUUUAUACGCCAGAGCGAUGUUCAACCAAAAGUUGCACUCACUGCUAUAAGGAAGAAGAUGAUAAAUAGUAAUCCACACGUAGCACUGUAUGCCUUAUUGGUACUGGAAUCUUGUGUGAAAAAUUGUGGGACGUUAAUUCACGAUGAAAUAGCUACCAAACAAUAUAUGGAGCUACUAAAAGAAUUGGUUAAAACCUCUCCACAUGAAAAUGUCAGAAUGAAAACUUUGGAGCUGAUACAAGCUUGGGCUCAUGCAUUUCGUCAUAGUCCCAAAUAUAGGACAGUUCAGGAUACAUUAAAUAUAAUGAAAGCUGAAGGUUAUCAAUUUCCUGCUUUGAAAGAAAGUGACGCUAUGUUUAGAGCGGACACUGCACCUGCUUGGGCAGAUGGUGACGUGUGUCAUCGAUGUCGUGUAACUUUUAGUAUGGUUCAACGGAAGCAUCAUUGUAGAGCAUGUGGGCAAGUCUUUUGUGCUCAAUGUUCGAGUAAACUCUCUACUUUGCCAAAAUUCGGAAUUGAAAAAGAAGUACGAGUUUGCGAAGCUUGUUAUGAGCAAGUUAACAAACCGUCUACAACACAAACCAAAGAUACCGAUCUUCCAGCAGAAUAUCUCAAAAGCACUCUAGCUCAGCAACAACAAGUUCCAGCUCGAAAAACAGAAGAAGAACUGCGAGAAGAGGAAGAAUUAAAUCUAGCUAUAGCCUUAAGUCAGAGUGAAGCUGAACAAAAAGAAAAAGAAAAGAAACGUGCUACAAGUGUUGUAAAAUCCAAUCCAACGCCCAUAUCUAGAACAACUUAUUCUCCACCACCAUCACCUGGUCCAAGCCCAUCACAGGUACAAGAUGAUGAUGAAAUUGAACCUGAACUUGCUAAAUAUCUAAAUCGCAAGUAUUGGGAACAAAGGCAAACUGUAAAUGAAGAACAUGGCUCACGAGUGGAUGUGACUAGUCCGUCUGCACCUAAUAUCAGCAGUCCAAUGCCACAAAAACUUGUGUUAGUAAAACAAGAAAAUGGUGAAAUCGAUACUCAAAUGGAAGAAUUUGUAAGCGGUCUAAGAUCUCAGGUUGAAAUUUUCGUAAACAGAAUGAAAAGCAAUUCUUCCAGAGGUAGAUCAAUUGCUAACGAUAGUUCAGUGCAAACUUUAUUCAUGAAUAUAACAGCUAUGCAUUCUAGAUUAUUAAGAUAUAUCCAAGAACAAGAUGAUAGCAGAGUGUAUUAUGAAGGCUUGCAAGAUAAAUUAACUCAGAUGAAAGAUGCCAGAGCUGCUUUGGAUGCACUUCGAGAAGAACAUAAAGAGAAAUUGCGCAGAAGAGCAGAAGAAGCUGAAAGACAGCGGCAAAUGCUAAUGGCACAAAAACUGGCGAUCAUGCGAAAGAAGAAGCAAGAAUAUUUGCAGUAUCAACGCCAAUUGGCUUUACGAAAGAUUCAAGAACAAGAAAGAGAAAUGCAAAUGCGUCAAGAGCAACAAAAACAGCAAUAUAUAAUGGGAGGUUAUCAAGCGGUUUCAGAUUUUAUGGGACCCUCUCAAGGAUCACCUGUUCGACAUGUCCACUAUCCGACUCCUGGAGCUAAUUACAAUCCCAUGUCGCCCACGAAUCAAGGAGUUUAUAUGUAUGGACAACCAGCCAUGACUCAAUAUCCUAUGCAAGGUUAUAAUAUGCCGCCGAUGAAUACUCUCCCGGUGCACAUGAUGCCAACACUUCCUAAUCCAGAACAACAACCAUCAGAUCCUAUCCAAGGACAGGAAAAUAUAGGUCGCGUGUCUAUAUCGGGUCCAGGAAUGAUGCCACCUCAAAUGACACCACCUAUUCAACAGCUUCAGCCACCGAGCAAUCAUCAGAUAGGAUCUCAACAAGGUCCCGCGAUGUAUGUGCCACCAGGACAAGCUUCAGCAGGGAGACAUAUACCGCCUCAACAAGGCGCUUCACCCCAAUUGCCACAGCAAGCUCCUCCUCCGACUCAAAUCGGCGGAUUGCCUCCGAUACCUCAAGGACACAUGGGCCCUUCAGCAGGCCCGAGUAGUCAUGUACCUACCGGCGCCGUAGUUGGUUUACCACCGCAAAUAGGAUCGCAACCACCAUCUACAUUGCCUGGCACUCAAGGACCUCAAGGAUUAUCUGUACAUGUUUCCAAUACUGCUAUUUCGUCCCAACCUUCAGCUGUUAUUCAAGUGCCUGCCGGAGCUAGCAGUGGACCUGUUCCUGUAACCAGUCAAACUUUGCCUGGCCCCCAAACGUCUGCUGUACCAACAAUGCAAGGAAUGACUCAAAUGCCUGCUGCACAGUCAAUACCAUUUCAACCUCCUCCUCCUCCAAUCCCAACUACAACCAACGAAACUCCGCAAGAUGCAGGAGACAUAAAACCUAGAACAGCAGAGCUAAUUUCUUUCGAUUAAACAAAUUGAAUAUUAUAUAAUACACUUAGAGUAACAAAAAAAAACAAAAAAAAGUUUUACUUUUCUUUAUCUUUCUAAAUUAGAACAUAAAGUUAAGAUAACAGUUGCUUAUUUUAUCGAAUUAAAUUUUGCUUCUGGCAAUAAAGCCAUAAUUUUACAUUUGUUUAUUAUUGACAUAAUAAUAAAAUUUUUAAAAAAUAUAUUAAAACAGAAUAAAAUACACAUAUGUAUUUAAAGAAAUAUUACGUUAGCACAAUAGAAAAGACAUGAAUCCUUCGCUAUACAGAUUAAUUUUAUAUACACAUAUUGUGCAAUUUACAAUACCAAAACAAAACUGUUUCUUGCUAUGUUAUUCUUUAAAAAAUUGUUUAUGAUAAACAUAUAUCUAUACAUGUACAGAAUAUGCUCCAACAUAUGAAAUAAAGAUACAAUUUCUGACAUAA